AUGGAUGGCACUAAGAAAGAGAGUAAUAGUCUAAAGACAAUCCCAACAUUUGGGAUAACAAAGACAGAUAUUUCUCAGUUGUCGUCAAAAGACAGAAGGUAUAUUCAACAAGUUGAAAAAGCACUCUCAUCAUUUGAAUCUUUAGAAGAAUGGGCCGAUUACAUCGCUUUUUUGUCUAGAUUACAGAAGGCACUUCAAUUGAGCGACGAUAAAAGACUCCACCAUACAGUGGCAUGGAUUCCGCAAGCGGCACAGGUUGCCAAGAAGCUCUCACUUUGCUUAUCUUCGAAACUUCCUAAUGGCGUACAUCAGAAGACAUUGACCAUUUAUGAGUCUAUUUUCAAUGCUUUGACGAAGCAAGCAUUCAACGAGACUCUUGAUAUAUGGCUUUUAGGUCUUUUACCAGUGCUAUCGUUUUGCUCAAUACAAGUGAAGCCUCAAUUGUUAGCAAUUUAUAAGAAACAUUUAUUAGUUGAUAUAACAUCCGCAAACCUUAAUGUUAUUUCGAGGCCUAUUAUUCUUAGUUUAUUACCAGGCUUAGAAGAUGAAACUUCAGAAGUUUUUGGAGAUGUCUUAUCUAUUUUAGACACCUUCAAAAUCAAGCUAGGAAAUGAUUCGCAUUUUUGGCAAAGCAUGUUUUUAAGUAUAAUUGAAAACCCAGAGAAAAGGCUUGGAGCAUUAUGUUGGUGCAACAAAAGAUUACCAGAUUUCACUUCUAUUAAAAUUAGUGAGAAGAAUAAGUUGUCUGAUGAAGCUCAAGCAUGCUUAGAUCCUGAAUCUGGUCUUUUGAUUCGACUGUUUGCAACAUCUGUUAAUACAGUUACGCAUUUUAACCCAGCAAAUGAUAUCAUUGUUAUUCGGGGGUUCCUUGACUUGCUUACAAGCCGUUUGACCUUGAAUUCUGACGUUUUAAAUGAACUUAUAACAACAAAAGAUAAAGAAUUACUAUUAAUGGCAUGUUGUAAGGUCACUCUUAAAAAGGAUAUGAGCUUGAAUAGAAGACUUUGGAACUGGCUACUUGGGCCCGACCAUGAUCCAACUCUUCUGGAGACUCCGAACCAAUUGGCGAGAGCAAAAUAUUUUGAAUCAUAUGGGUUGCAAAGCAUUACUUCGGGGUUGCUCAAGAUGAUGGAAGGCCACUCUAUUUCUGAAAAACAAGAAGGUCUUAAAAUAUCAUUAUCACUCAUUAUAGAUAAAUGGGAAAUUAGCCAUUUAAUUACCCCAUUAAUAUUUUCCCCAAUCUUGAGAGCUUGCUAUGAAAAUAAGAAUGAACCGGAGAUUAUAAGUUCUGCACAGGCUUUCUUUGAUGGUGUAGAGACAUCCUAUAUAUGGAAUGAUAUCAAUACCAUCAUUCUUGAUGGCGAGGAUGAUAAGUUAGAUUUCCUUGAAUUUGUGUUGAGAACGUUCAACUUUAACGAGGAAGAGAUUAUUGUGGAGCACGUACCUUUGUCCAUCCUUUCUCUUUUAGUUGGGCGACAUGUAACAUAUAAAACUCUAGACAUACUUGAGAUUCUCAUUUCAUUUGUACCUCAAAAAUCGUUUGCUUCAAUAGAUGAGAAUCCUCCAACUGAGAUUCCUUCCAGAGAGGAAUUAGAGAAAGACAUUAAAAGUUACUAUUCCGCUGCUAUAAGGCAAGAAACUGCAAAAUUUAGGUUUGAAGAAAACUUACCAACCCAAUUAUUGAGUGCAUUGCAGAGAUUCUAUAUAAAUAACAUUAAUGAUGUUAGAUUUUCGAGGCGUAUCGGAGGAAUGUACUGUGACGUGUUAAAUAUGGUAUCAAAAGAUGAUUUAGGAAUUUCCUGGUAUAAUGAUAUUGCACUGACCAUGUUAAAUCAUAGCAUUAUAACAAAGCUUUCAACGGAGGAGGAGAAGCAAUCCAACCUACUAACUACCCUCACAAUAACUAAAGUCUUCAACCUUAUUCACAAGCACUUGAGCUUGAUAGAUAAAAGCAAAAUACUACGCAUAAUUUUGACCAACCUCUGGACUGCGUUAAUCUCGUCCCUUCCAACCAACCAUCAAGUUGAGUCUGUAAAAGCAAUUUUUGAUUUAAGAAUUAGCUGCCCAGGUGAUCACAUUGAAGCCGGUAUUAUGCAUCUACUACUUGAAUCGUCUAGACAUACGAGAGUCAGGGCUUUCUUGGCUUUAUGGACCCACUCGUCAUCUUUUGCUGAUGGAGACUCUAUAUUAAAAAAGCCUUUGCUUUUGCUUCUAGACGAUCUUCAUGAUGCUGAUUCCUAUUAUUAUACACCCAUUCACUCUUUCGUGAAUCAUGUAAUAGUAAGCGGAUCUGCAAAUAGAUUGUUGAAACUCAUAACUUCACCAUUACUUGGUUUUACAUUUUUGAACGCAAAUGAAAGUGUUUUGAUCACUGAUGAUGACGUUGGGAGAUUCAGUUAUUACUUGAGCACGGUCGCUGACGUUAUUAAAACUAAUUCAAAACUUUGCAGGGAAACUUUCAAUAAUGAGCUUGCCGCCAUUGAUGAUGAAGCAAAAGUCAAACUUGUUCAUUCAAAUGAGUGGGAUAUAUCCACCUAUAAAUCUUUGGUGCUAAAUGUUAUCGAAAGGUAUCUCAACUUAAAAUUGUCGAAAGAAUUUCUUCAUGACGAGGAGUGCUUAGGAGAGUAUUACGAUUCAGUGAACAGUUCGUUGGAACUCUUCUCAAUUUUAAUAACAGGCAAUGAGGCUGAUUUUCUCAAGAAAUUUUAUUUUUUAAUCGACUCCUGCUUCAACUAUAUUGAUAUUUCAGAGAAGCGGCCGUUUCAAAUUGAAUUAGUGGAAACGAAAUUCCUAAAAUGUAUUUUCCAUUUUUUGAAGCUUUCAGAAGACCUGAAGAUCAAUUUGAACCUUUUGCAUAUUGACGACGAAAGUAAAGAUUCUCGACUAAUUAGGUUUAUUAUUAAAGGAAUUGAGAAAGCACAAACAUCAAUUUUAUUAGAAAACUGGAUGUCUCUUCUUACGAGAGCCCUAUACUUAUUUAAUGAUUCUGUUUUCAGCGUUUUAUUGACUUUAAAUGAUUCAAUAAUAAAAAGGAUCGAAUCUAUUUUCAACUCAAUUGAAUCGACUGUUCCUGCCGUUGAAUUGACCGACGUCGAGCUGGCCAUAAAUGUCCUUUUAACAGGCUUAGAAGAUCUUCUUUCAAUCAGUCACAGCUUUUUGAUGACUUCAAGUAUCAAAAGCAAUGCUGACAGGGCCAAUCUUCAAAAUACGGAAUCUGGUUUCUUAGGGAACGUAAUCCAAGGAGUAUUCCAAAUAGAGUCACCAGCUGUCAGAACAACGGAACAAAAUAAGCUCUAUUCUAUUUUAAUCUCGUUUCAGGAUGCUGUCAAGACUUCUUUCUUAAUAUGGAACUGGGCAGACUCUAAACCACAAUCUAAUGAGCAUGAUAUAUACUCGGCCGAUAGAUCUUUAACAUACUUGGCACAUAAACUUCGUUUCAGAACCAGAAAGCUUCUUAGUGCCUUGAUGGACUUAGAGAGGCAAGAAGUGAUUGAGACCCUCAUCGAAUCUUCGACUAAUAUAAACUCAUGCAUAAAACUACUUAAUGUUUUGGAUGGGGGGAGAUCACAGAUUACACUUCCUCAUUUGCUUAAUUCUAUCACUAGUAGGUGCUAUCCUCAAUUGCUUGGCGACAAGCAGAAGUCGUCUUUGAAUAUUCCAAUUGAUUCAAGAAGGUUAUCACACUUCCUAGCCUCAUAUUUUGAGUCUGUGGAUGCAGAUACCAUGACAGAUAUAUGGGCUCCCUUGACUCAGUUUCUCAAGGAAGUACUCGCACAUACCUCUCAAUUUAAGGAGACCUUACCUGAUUUAUUAAAAGUUGUUAAAACUUUGUCUUUAAAAAUAAACUCUUCCAAAAUAGUAGACCAAAGAAAAAAGAAGAGAGAGAGCUCAGAAAUCUUUGUCAAGCUUUUGACUUCAGCGGUAAGUGAUAGAAUAGUUGGUCUACCAUCAGAGGAAGGUCUCAAUGAUAAUAAGGAGGACAAUACUCAAAAUUCGGAAACUUUGAUGUCUCAAGACGACCUCCUUGAAACUUUAUCUGUCAUUUUAGAAGACUUGGCUCAAAUUCUACAAGAUGACGACAAGGUCACACAUGUAAUAAAUGUGAUUGUUGCAAAGCUUGCGGCCUCGCGGAUAAGACCUAAGAAGAUCAAUGAAGUAUCUUUCAAGACACUCACACUACUUCACCUAAUUGGACAAUAUCAACCAACGAAAUCAUGGAGAUCAUUAGUAUAUGACUCUUUCCUGGACAACAGUUUUUUUAGUUGCAAUAGUAAUAAGUUAGGCUAUUGGCAGCCCGUGAUUGGAACAUGGAUUGGCCUUGAGAAAGAUAAAUUCUCAGAUUUAACUAAUAAGGUGUCUCCUCCAGUUUCCAGUACUAGUGCGAAUAUUUUCAAUUGGAGUGAAAGUUUGGAGGUAGAACUGAAGGUCUUUACUAUUAGACGAUUAUCAUAUCUCAUGAUGAUUAAGCCCAAGGACUUCUUUUUGAAUAAUAUAGAUGAGUUGUUUGAUCGCAUUGAAUAUUCUUUUGGGGUCUCUUGCCCGCCAAUUUAUAAAGCAGAAAUUUUCACUCUACUUAGAGUCUUGACUUUUAAAUUCAGCGAGCUCCAUUUGUUACCAAGAUGGACAACCAUAACUCACGAACUAAUGCAAAUAUUUGAGUAUGUCUUAUUGAAAAACUCGAAGGAAUUGUAUGCCCUAGAUGAAUCAGAGCUCAAGCUUAUCCUAAGCAGUUGUAAGUUGUUAGAUCAGCUUCUUUUACUUGGAUAUGAUGACUUCAAUUUGAAUGAAUGGCUUUUUGUAACUUCAAAUCCAGAUGUUGCUCGAGGUGAAUCAAAGAGCUUCCUUUAUUCGGUUAUCGACAGAAUAGCAAACGAAAAGCCAUUAACAAAUUUAAAAGAUGAUCCCAUAAAAGUUGAUGCUCCUAGCGGAGCUUUAGUUCCUUUACUCAGUGGAGUGAAGACAAUAGAAUCGGUAUCAAACUUGCGUUUGUUCUUUGACUCAUUGAGCGUAAUUAACUACGAGCGAAUUUUUGGCUUAUAUAGAAUAGACUAUGAUGCUUGUGAAUCUGAUAUUCUUAAUGACUUGAUGACCUAG